GAGACGUGGAUAAUUUUUGGCUACCAAUACACCAAGGCUAAGGAUAAACAUUACCUGACAGCGUGCUUCCAAGAGGUGUCGACUUCUCUUGAUUGACACCGCGCCGUUUUCUUCUUCUCUUGCUCUAGCUAGCUAGCUAGUAGUAGUUCUCUUCUCAUUUUGUUUUCUCAAAGAUUUCUGUAAGACUCGACUGUCACUCCACCAUGAGCCAACUGCUCAAGGCCAGCGGCGCCGUCGUCAAGCGGAUUGGCAAGGCUGCCAAGACAUCGUUGGCUGUCGUUGGGUUUGGUACGGUCGCAAGUCUCGGCUACUAUUAUAAUGACACGAAAAAGUUUGCCAAAGAAGAAGGAUCUUUGUCGAGCAAACAGCGCGUCUUGGUGCUGCCCUUUCAUCGCUUCAAGAUUGUCAAAAAGGAAGAUCGCGACAAGCUGGCGGCGUUGCUUCAGUCGACACGACGAUCGAGCAGCGACGACGAAGAAGUGGAUGUCCAAGAACUGGUACAAGUGAUUCACGAGGCGACCAACGACCCCAGUGUGGUGGCCAUUUAUGGAGAAUUCGGUCACGGUGGAUCCUUUACGGGAGGGGCGGCCGAUGCCGAACAAGUGAGGAAUGCAUUACGAAUCUUUCGAGAGUCUCAUCGAGUGCAUGCAGAUCCCAAUUGCAACCACGAGACGGUACUCACGAAAAGCCUCACUCCAAAGAGACCUCUCUAUGCCUAUGCGGACACUUUUGAAAGCAUGAUCAAUCCCUCCAAUCCUGAUUACUACUUGGCAUCGAUUUUCACUCAUGUCCAUCUUCAGCAGCAAGGAAGUCUGAAUUUUGCCGGAUUCAGCUCGUCGGUUCCCUUUCUCAAGGACACGCUCAAAAAAUACGGAGUCGCUGCACACGUCUAUAAGCAUGGUCCCUAUAAGAAUGCUCCCAAUUCCUUGACCGAGUCGGGCUUGACCAGAGCCCAUCGACAGAACAUUGAAACCUAUCUCUUUGCCAUGAACCAAGGUCGAUGUCAUGACAUUGCCGCUGCCAGACGCAAAACACUACAAGCCAUGACCAUGAAGGGGGCAGACCUUCAGAAUGACUUGACAAUGAUGUGGAAAUUGGUACAAAACGGUGGUUCCUUUACGGCCCAAAAUGCACUGCAAAUGGGAUUUGUCGAUUACAUUACCGAUCGCAGUCCUUUGGAUGCUCUCUUGGAAUACAACAAGAAAGAAGAGAAAGAUGGCAAAAAAGACAAGACAGACAAAAAGAAACCAACGGAAGCCAAGAAAGAAUCCCAAAAGGAUGACGACAUCCAAUCCACAGACAAGAACGACAAACAACCCACCAAAGAACAGCUACGUUUGAAAGAAACUUGGGGAAGGCAGACCGAUCUGGAGAGCUUUUCAGCCAACGAAACAGUGACCUUUUCCGAAUACCAAAAGCUUCUGGCCAAACGAAAGAAAUUAGAGCAGCAAAAGGAACGUCUCUGGAAAGCAGCGGAUCGGUAUCCGACGCUUGGAAAGGCUCUCACGGCCAUGGGGUACACCAAGGAUGAGACGACACAAAAGGAGGACUCGCCGUCCAGCAGCGACGACAAGGACAAGACUGCGUCAUCGGAAAAGAUUGCUUUGGUGUCCGUCAAUGGAGCCAUUGAUUCCAAAAAGUAUCGCAAGCUGGCUCCCAUGUUACGGAAAAUCAAGUACGACAAGGAUAUCAAGGCUGUCGUCGUCCAAGUGGACUCUCCGGGUGGAACCAUUGAUGCUUCAGAGGCUCUGUAUCAAGAUUUCAAAGAUCUACCGCAGAAUGUCAUCUUUUCCUUUGGCAACGUGGCGGCCAGCGGAGGCUACUACAUUGCCACUGCUGGUGAUCGCAUCUUUGCAUCCAAGAAUACAUUGACAGGUUCCAUUGGAGUGUUCGCCAUCCGAUUGGACUUGUCCGGGUUGGCGGCGCAAUACGGUGCCAAAUUCGGCCAUGUUUACACCAGUGAACUUGCCCUCACCAACAAUGCCUUUUAUCCCGUCACCAAGCAAAUGCAUCUGAAUGCCGAGCGAUAUACCGACCGUUGCUAUCAACGCUUCAAGGACAUUGUCAGUGCCGGUCGUUCGUUGGACGAGGAUUACCUGGAAACAAAGCUGGCACAAGGCCGCGUGUGGACAGGAGAACAAGCCAACCAAAAUGGUCUCGUGGAUGAACUUGGCGGAUUGAGUCGAGCCAUUGCAUAUGCCCAACGAACCUACACCACGGAUGGGAAUGCUCGUGUCGUGACUGUCACGGAUGACGACUACAUGAAACGCAUCAACAAGCUCUUGUCUUCGUCCGCUAGCGUGUGGGCGUCCGAAACCACUAGUAGUGCCAGCAACGGAAUGAACUUUCCUGCCCCCGUUUUCCCUGGACAGUUCUUGCCAAGUAUGAUCCCCAACAAAGCAUUUGGUGUCUACCUGACAACUGAUGAGAAUACCGCAAUACAACAUCUGAUGCAAGACAAGGAAUAGGUCGACGGAGCACAUUAAAGAACAUGGGGGUUUAGAAUCGAAUCGUUACAUUUUUUGCUUGCAAUUCUCGGGUGCUGUCCACCCAUUCAAAUGACUAUAUUCUUCCAAAUAGAACUUAGGAUCUAACGCUACAUGUACAUGUGUUACCGUUGCCCUAAGCUAGCUAGCUAGAGUAGGCAGUGAAGGUAUUA